AUGCAGUUUACCAUCAGUGCCCUCGGAGCUCUCGCUCUUGCUGCCGGCGCCUCUGCUCAGUCUACCAUCUUCAAGGGCAAGGGCUUUGGCACCUACUACUACGACAUCCAGCAGCGUCAGGCCUGCGGUGCCGAUUUCAAUAACCAGAACCUUGGCUCUGUUAUGUGCAACUGGUCCACGGCCAAGUCUCUCAACGAUGUCAACUCCAACAACCUCGUCGCCAUGAGCAACCUGCCCCUCAAGACCCCCGAGGGCCGUGCCAAGUACUGCGGCAAGCGCGUCAUCGUCACCGUCAACGGCGUCAAGUCUGACAUUCCCUUCUUCAUCGGUGACGGGUGCGAGCGCUGCGCGCACGGCAGCGACUCCCAGUGGAACCCCAACGGUGCCGCUGGCCUUGAUUUUUCCUACUCUGCUCUCAGCAAGCUGUCCCCUCUGGCUUGCCAGAACGGCCACAUCGAUCUUGAAUAUGAGAUUGUCGACGAGACCCUGUACCACUUUGACACCAACUAA